AUGGCGGCCGAGAAGAGCCUGGGUGAGACGUUCACCCACAUUGUUGCCGAAGAAUCCCCUGCUCCGAGCGAGGGCGACAUUGUGCUCGGAGAAUCGGACAAGGCUUUCGAGAAAAAGGUCCUGCGCAAGGUCGACCUCUGGCUCGUUGGGUUCUACUCUUUGGUCUAUAUUUUCCGAGUCAUCGACUCGUCCAACUACUCCAACGCCGCCAUUAUCAAUCUCGAACAUGGCACGGGCAUCAAGAAGCAGCUGCACCUCAACCCCAACCAAUGGGCAUGGACCCUCUCCAUCUUCUCGUACAGCUACAUGAUCUUUGAACCGACCAACACGGUCCUCCUCAAGACGUUCCGCCCUCGCAUCUGGAUGUUCGUGCUGAUCCUGAGCUGGGGCAUCUGCGCUUGCUCCGUGGCGGCCGUGGAAAGCUUCGCGGGCAUGAUGUGUGCCCGCUUCGCGAUCGGCAUGGCCGAGGCUGGAUUCUACCCUGCCGUGCUCUACCACAUGGACUUCUGGUAUCGACCGACGGAACUCCCGUGGCGUAUCGCCUUCUUUUAUUCCGUGGGCCAACUCUCCAGCGCGCUGAGCGGCCUGUUGGCCUACGCCAUCAGCUUCAUGGACGGUCUCGGAGGCCUCCCGGGGUGGAGAUGGCUCUUUCUGCUGGAAGGACUCCCAGCAAUCAUCCUCGCCUUUGUCGCCCUUUUCGGACUGCCGGACUAUCCCCACACAGCACGCAUGCUCAAUGAGAAGGAGCGCCUGUUCAUCGAGCGGCGUCUGGCGGCCACAGCGCCCUCGGGCAAACGCCACAACUGGGACUGGGCUAGUCUCAAGCAGCUCUUUGCAGACCCUACAGUCUACACCUUUGGGAUGUAUUGGAUCGCUCACGGUAUAGGUGGCUUUGGUGUCUCGUAUGCCUUGCCAACCGUAAUCUAUCAGCUCGGCUUCACUGGGACGGCAAACUCGCAACUGAUGAAUAUUCCACCCUAUGUUUGCUGCUUCUUCUUCCUCAACACAGCCGGCUGGAUGAUUCAUCGGAAAUGGAUUCGGCCCUGGACAUGCGCCGUCGCGAUCGAAAGCACAACCAUCGUCUGCUACAUCAUUCUCGUCACCGUCCACAGCGCGACCGUCAAGUACAUUGCCCUGAUCGUCGCCGUCUCGUGUGCCGGCUCUGCGUACCCGGUCAUCUGGCCUGAGCGGAUCCGCGCGCUCCAAGGCACCGUCGCCGCCGGUAUCGGGAUCGGGCUGACAAACGCCUGUGCGCAAUGGAGUGGCAUUGUCGGACCGCACGUCUACUCGACGGUGUUUGGGCCCAAGUAUCACAAGUCCUAUCUCAUCUGUCUGUGCGUUCUCAUCGUGUCUAUCUGCUCGGUGCUCACGUCAUGGUUCAUCAUCGCGCGGAGAGACAGGUUGAAGGCAGAACUGAGAGCCAGACAGGACGAGGACAUCCCUGUACCGCAUGGGAUUUGA